CAAUUCAGCAAUGAAUUGCAGCUGCAUAUUAUUGACAAAACGUGCAUAAAUUGACAAGCAUCGGUGCCGCAUGGCGGAUGUCGCCGCUGAGCACGAGGUGAACGGGUGGCAUGAGGUGGAGCAGACGCUAACGGCGCUUGAGCUGCCGCCGGUGCCACCUACUUCCGAUCCGCAGCGACUUCUGGGCUAUGUACUACACAUUUUACCGCGCUUUACCGAGAUGGAGAUGUUGGCGACGCACCUCCGGUUGUACGCUUCGAGUCUGGAGCAAGACAUGGAGCAGGUCAAAAGUCAUGUUCGACUGCUGACCCGCGAGGCGGCGGGCGAGAGGGAGAAAAAGCAAUUUCUGGAACGAUAUGCGGCGCAGGUGGUCAAGGAGCGCAACGACUUGCUGCACUCCCGAGGGUCCCUGAAGAAAAAGGCAGCGGGUGCGUCACACUUUGUGUGGCAUAAUUGUUGCAAGAAGAACACAAACCACGCUAUGGACUUAGCCCCGUCGAUUCUUGCCUUCCGAGGUGAAAAGCUGCAGGAUGCAACUAAGCAGAUCGAAUCUCUGCAGGAAGAAGUGCGCAAUCAGGAACUGCUGCGGAUAGAGCUGGACUUCCUGCUCAAGAAGACGCAGCGUGAACAUGACAGCAAAGCGGCGGCGGAUCGUAAGCAUAUUCAGCAGUUGGAAAAGCAGAUUCUACAACGCUCAGCACUGUAUUCUAGCCUGGAGAGGAAGUUGUAUGAAGUGGAGUUGGUGCUUGCUCAGCAUGACAAGACGAAGGAAGAGGCGCUGAGUGUUGUAAGCAAUCGCGUUAGGGAGUCCCUGUCUCGCAAUGCUCAAUUGGAGGGGGAAAACGCAAAUUUGCAAGAGCAAGUGAGAGGCUUGAGUUUUGACCGUGAUCGCCUAACGGAGCUGCUGGAAGAGACGACGGAAUCCAAAGAAUUAUUUGCAGAACAAAUUGACGACCUGACGGAGAAAUGCCGAUCGCUGGAGUCGGAGGUGGAGGCGUUGCGAUCGGAGAUUGAUAUGCUGCAGUCGAAGGACAUUAAUGAUAUCCGCUCGCAAUAUGCAGUCAGGAUAGACAGACUGCAGAAGGAUAAUGCGGCUAGAGAGCAGAAGUUGCGUCAAGAGGUUGACCGCGUUAGACAGGAGUUGAAAAAACGAGAUGAAGCGCUAGCGCAGACAUUUGGUGUACAGCAAUCAACUACGAGUGAGAGCUCGAGACAUCCCCGUUCAGGUCAAACGAGUGGUUUGGGAAGCAUUCCUCUUUCAGGCGACGAUGCACAAUGGAGUGACGGCAUCUUUGACGAUGAUCGCCAAUUUGAAAGCGACGAAGUGGGGUCCUCUUUGUCAAGAAGUCAAUUGUCGGUGUCACACGGAUCAUUUGGGUCGUCGUCUUCUGCAGGGCGAGGUCAUUUUAACCUCUCGAAGGAGGUAGGAGCUGCGAACACCAAUUUCUCUGCGAAAAACGACCAAGGUCAUGCGUCCCGUCAAAGCUACUCUAGUUCUAGCAAGCAAGGAUACUCCAGGGAGCUUGAUGCAGUGUCCAGAGACCUCAGUAAGUCGUCCAAAGAGCUUGAAGCAGAAUCCCAACAAGAUGACGCGGAUAUCGAUGCACCAAACGAGCCGUUCGACUGGGAGACCUUUAUCGACAGUGUGUCCGACAUGUCUUCAUUACCAAACGAACACCCAAUGUCGACAAUUCCGCAAUCGAUGGACUUCAGUACGAGCACUAUUCACUUCGAAAAUAGCGUGGCAAGAGUAUCUGAUUCUGAGUUAGCUGGUUCCAGAAAAGUUCGUGCAGACAGCUUUGAAGAAGAGCACCAGCAAAAUAAGGAGGCAAGUUCCCAUUCCUUUGAUACGAUUAAAGUUGCAUCGCUCGCCAAAUGUCGGAGUUUCAACGAACUGGAGUUUGGUGAGGACGAGGAAGAAAAAGAGUCCGAAAAUCACGACACCCUGAUGGAUAAUGAGAGCGAGCAACACGAUGCGGACGGUGCAGUCGAUAAUAGUCGCAUGGAGCAUGGGCGACAUGAUGAUCACGAAGGAAACAUUACAGGAGAGCAUGCGCAAAACGACUUUGCUCGAGAUUUGUACCAAAUGCUUAACGGACUCGAACAAAAACGGAAAGAGGAAGAGCAAAAAGCCUCACUGGCUGAGAAAGCCCUCUUAAAAUUCCAGCAACUACAACAGGGUGUGCAGGCCUUGAAUCUCUCUCCUGACUCUUGAGAUGACGAUAAGCCGGGCAACGCGCACGCUUGGCUUGAUCGUUCUUCUUCUCGGAACUAAAUAAGCGACGUCGACCCGAUUGUGUCGCUAACCUUGUGAUCAGACGGCUGCGGACGUGCUUCAUACACGCACUCAACAACACCAUGGCGCCACUGCGCAAUAGGCAACAAGCAAUUUAAUCUCAGGUUUGAUGCGUAUCAGUCAUUUCAGUGCUUCGAAAGCAUCGCACCUUUUUGUUUUCUCCCUUGAGGCCAAUAUAAUAGAUCUUCGUUUCGUCGCCUCCAUAGCU